CUUAAUAACAUAAAUAUUUCCUUCUCACAUUUUGCUUAACGAUGUAAGCAGGACAACAAAUGUUUAAUUUUAGCUUGUGAUAAUCAGUGAUAUUCGCUUAGUUUUUAUUUGGUCAGCGCGGAUGCGACGCGCACAAAUUUUUGAAAAAUUUAAAAAUAUAAAUUGAUAAAAUCCCGCUUUUUAAUCUGUGACUUGUAAUGUGACUUAGACAAAGUGCAAAGACUUAGUGAUCAAGCAAAAUGGCGUCCACAAUGUAUGAGCAUUUUUUGGAAAUUGCCUUUGAGGCCGAAUUGAAUACUAGAGAGGAUCCUGAGCUGCUAGAAAUCGCCCCGGAAAUAUGCAACGAGCAUCCAGACACUAGGGACGCAGCAAUCACUGAGCUUAGAAGCAUGAUUUUUGAUCGAGGGGAAUGCGAGCCACUUCGGACGGACGACGAGUACUUGUUAAGGUUUCUUCGCGCCAGGGACUUCAUCAUACCAAGGGCGCAUAAACUUCUCGUCAGAUACUGUGAAUUCCGAGAACAAUGCACACACUUGUACCAAGAUGUCGAUCUGUGGGGACUCGUCAAAGCCGGUGAAGCCUACGAAGGCUGUAUGUACGACCGUCCUGAUGUAGGGAGACUUUCGAUCAUGCGCUUUGGUAAAUGGGACCCUUCGGAGUAUCCCGUUGAAGAUCUAGUCCGUCUUGGUAUUGUAAUGUUUGAGAUCGGUAUACGACAACCGAAGCUCCAGGUGUUUGGGGGCACUGUGCUUGUAGAUCUGGAAGGCCUGACACUACGACAAGUGUCCGCCCUGACUCCUUCGAUCGCGUAUCAAAUUGUCAAUAUUAUGGGAGUCUCAACACCAAGUAAACUGAACGCGUGCCACAUCAUCAAUUAUAACUGGCUACUGAAUACAUUCUUCUUCGUGUUCAAGAAAUUCAUACCCCAAAGGGCGUGGGACAAAAUACAUUUCCAUGGGAACGACUUGAAGUCACUCCAUAAGCAUUUGGACCCGGCGUGUUUGCCUCCAAGGUAUGGGGGCACCUGUAGGAGCCACGUAUCAGCUCGCAAAUGGUUGCAGAAGAUAAAAAAGUACAGAGACGAACAUUUUGACAAAGAAAUGAAACAAUUGGGAUUUGUUAUUAAAGAAUAGGAUAUUUCGUCUAACUGUUGGUGACGAACCAACGACCAUUUUUUUAAAGUGAAAUGCAAAAUUCGAAAUGUAUACAAGUUAAUCCUCAAUCAGAAAUCAUUUAAUUCACGAGUCCGCGUUCGAUUCUCAGGAAGAAUCUUUUUCAUAUGAUCAGCCAUUCUUCUUGCAAUUGAAGAAAUGACUGUAAUUUCACUGUUACUUAUUAUGUGGUCUAUUCAAGAUAGGGUAUAAUAAUUAUUUUGUAUUGCUUUAGUACGGAGAACGUUUUGGUAUAAUUUGCAUAUAUUAAAAAAAAUAUUAACUUCUAUUUAAAAAGUAAGCUAUGCAAAUAAAAUUAUCGAGUCUUUGAACAAAUAUGAUUAAAAUAAAAGUUUCGAAAUUACGGAUUACGCUAAAAAUAUGCAUUUAGUUAAAAAUGGUAUAUUCCUGUAUUAGGUUAUUUUAUUAGUGGUUGACAUUGUAAGUUUUUUUUUAAUGUAUAACGUUUGGAAAGUUCCUCGUGCAGGUUUUAAAUCGAUUUAAAGUAAAAUUACGCUUUAAUUUAAAUAAUUAAUAAAUAAUAAUUAUUGUAACAUAUAAAAAUUGCUCAAAAGUAAAAUAAGAUUAUUAAAGUUUGUCUGUGAUAUAAUCUUUACAAAAUUAUCUGUUUAUGAGUUAGGUUGUUUUUAUUUGAAACUCUUGAAUACUGAAUUCUAGUCUUUUUUACGAAAGCAACAUUUUAGAAACGGUAUGAAUGUGAUAUAUAAUAAAGAUUUUUUAUAUGA